GGUUGCGCGGGGCCGGGGGAAGGAACAACUUCCAGGAAGUGAAAAUGUUUUCAUCUGUUGCUGCAGCACGGGACGGGAGCCAUUAGUUUACAUGUUUCAUAGAAUUUCAAGAAGACGUCUUUUUUACGCCGGGUUGUCGCGGGGGUCCUAAAGCAAUACGUGAAACUGACGCUCUGUUGGAUCCACAACCUUCGGAGCUGUUUGCAAACUUCCAACAGUUUUAAUGGCCCCCCCAAGAAAGCGGACCUUGCCCAAACCGCUCCCCGAUGGCUUCAUACUGGCAGACGCUGAGAAAAAGAAAUGGAGGCUGGGGAAAAUCCUUGGUGAAGGAGGCUUUGGGCUGAUUUAUCUGGCCUCCCAGGACGUAAGCAAGCCCGUUGCAGCCGACGCAGACUUUGUCAUAAAAGUGGAGUACCAGGAGAACGGCCCCUUGUUCUCCGAGCUCAAGUUCUACCAGAGAGCAGCCAAAGCGGAGAGCGUGCAAAAAUGGAAGCGGAGCAAGAAGCUGGACUUUCUGGGUAUCCCGACGUACUGGGGGUCAGGACUGGCUGAAUAUAAGGAGCUCCGGUAUCGCUUCAUGGUCAUGGACCGGCUGGGUAGUGACCUUCAGAAAGUCUGUGAGCGUAACGGAGGCCGACUGAAGAAGACCACUGUGCUCCAGCUUGGUCAAAGACUGCUGGAUGUGCUGGAGUACAUUCAUGAAAACGAGUAUGUCCACGCAGACAUCAAAGCUGCCAACCUCAUGUUGGGCUGCAGACACCCGGAGCAGGUGUACCUUGCAGACUAUGGGCUCUCCUAUAGAUACUGUCCCGAUGGAGUCCAUAAGGAAUACAAGGAAAACCCCAAGAAGGGCCACAACGGAACGAUUGAGUACACCAGCCUUGACGCCCACAAAGGAGUUGCACCAUCAAGACGUGGUGACCUCCAGAUCUUGGGCUUUUGUCUUCUUCACUGGUUAUGUGGGUCGCUGCCCUGGGACAACGUCCUCAAAAACCCCACUCAGGUCCAAGAGGCCAAAAUUAGACUGAUGGAUAAUCUGCCUCGCUCGGUUCAGCAGCUGUCAGCGAGCGGCGCCAGCACAGAUGAGUUGGCCGAGUUUCUGGUUUAUGUGAGAACUCUGGACUACGAAGAUAAGCCCGACUACCAGCUUCUGAAAGAGCUGCUGGCCUGUGAUGUCUCAGGGGGUCUUGACUUCUCGGUGCCUGAAGAUCACCAGGGGUCUGCCACCAAGGAGUCUUUCAGUCGAGAGAAGAAGCAGCAGAAAGGAGGCGCGGCCAGAGGACCCCGCAGAGCUAAGCCGGGGACCCCAGAGCUGGAUGAUGAAGAACCCGAGAGCGCAAAGUCUAAACCGGUGCCAGCUCGCUUCAUAAGAGGACCACCCCUCACUAAAUCUGGGCCCAAAGAGAGCAAAGAGGUUCCUGCUGCUGGAAAGUGGUCGCUGAGGCCGAGGCCUGCCCGCACGUAUGAAGAGAAAGACAGCGAAGAUGAGGAGGAGGAGGAGGAAGAAGAGGAGGAGGUGGUCAGACCCAAACGGAUUCCUGCGCGCUACCUGAGAGGUCCUCCCAUUGGUCCGGGAGCUCCGCCCAAACAGAGAACUAAAUCCAAAAGACCCGACAAGAACGCAGACGAGCUGACCCCGAUCUGGGCGAGACGGGAACACGGGCUCAACUCCACGACGGGGAAAUACGGCCAGGCACAGAGCGACGGGGAGAGACAAACGCACGGGGAUUACAGAAUACACUGGGAUGAGAGGCCACACCCGAACGGGGUCGGGCACGGCCAGAUCCGUUCAGAGCACAGAGGCUGCUUUGGUGAGCGGGGCGCUCCGGCGCGGCCAGAUCCCAGACCAGAAACUGCUUCCAUACAGAGAAACUCCAGGAUGUCCCAGUUUGUCUUUGUGGGCUUCGUCCUUCUGUUUGGUGCCGUUUUUGUGCUGGCCAAAGUUCAUUAGGAGGAAAAAGUAAAAGUUUUUAUUUAUUUUUUUAAAAAUCUAAUAUCAGAUCAAUGUUUCGUCAUGUUGCUCCUCAGGACUUCUGGGCCGCCAUUUUCACAGUGAUGGGCUGAAAGAGAAAGAGAAGCCGCAGGUUGUUGUAGUGAAUGACUAAUCUGUAAGGAUCCCCCCCCCCCCAGUAGGACUCUGACUCAGCUAUAGCUACAGAGCCACACGUGGAGGCGCUGUGAGAAGACGAGGCCAGAUGAUGAAUGGAUCCAUGUGAGUAGCUGCUGAAUAUGUAUGCAGAGCUGAGGCCUUUGUGGCGGUCGGAGGCGCACACGUACCUUGCUGCAGUAAGGACACUCUCCGAAAACAAGGUUGAAGCUCUGCCUGCUGGAGGGAAGCGCUCGCAGCCACUGGAGGAGGGGAGAGGAAACAUCCUGCUGAUUAAAAACUUUUUUUUUUUUUUUUUUUUUUAUGUACACUACUCCUAUAUAUAAUAUCAUCCUGCACAAUAUGUUUCAGAGGGCUUCUCAGUGAACAAGAUCUCCUCCCGCCACCUUUCACCAGGUCCUCAAGACAUUUGAGAACCAGAAUUUCACUAAAUCCAGAGAAAAUAGUCACGAGUUUGUUCCUCCGUGCUUCUAGGCAGGACCGGUCCGCCGGAGCGAUCCCGCCGUACCUCUAGAGACUGAACUUUAGUAUUAGACGCCAAGCUGACCCGGAGCUGCAAAACGCCCCCAAAUAUUGUAUUUAACGAACAACCUGAUAAAGCUGAAUGUGUUCACUAAGGUUGGGUCAGUAAGACAUUUCCUACAGCAUACAGUGAACUUCAUAAUGGUUAUGGUAAGCAGGCCUUAACCGGCUGUCAAAGCCUCACUUUUUAUACCAAACCCCACUGUACACGCUCCAGGGAGCCGGUAGUGGAUAAUCUAAUGAGAAUUUUACAUUUCCAAUAAACUACCGCAGCAGAAACUCAACGUGCAAGAAGAAUGUGAUUUCACAAAAGUAUUUACUCAGACUUUUUCUGAGGCUUCAAGUGUUAGACAGCCGGGACUGAACUCUUGGUGUUACAUUCCUCCCUCACACCUGCUUCUCUCUUUGUUUUGCCCCAUCAGCUUCGUCUUUGUCUCGUCUGACUGAAAAACUUUGCUCCGGAAGCAUUUUGUCUCCUUCAGGGGGUCAACCGCAAAUUUGAGUCCAGCUUGAACGUGUCGAUUUUGGAGCUAGAGCUUCACCUCUGAUCCUACGCCGGGUUCCCCUCAGGGCAGAAAACUUGAGUCUUUGUGGUUCCUCAACCUCUGAAGCACUCUUCUUCCAUCUGGGCCGUCCUAGCUUUGCCUCAGUGGCGACACGAUAACUUAGUUCCUUCAAUUCUCCCCUUGUUCUGAGUAUUGCAGUCUCAGUAUUUAUUUAAAUACACAAUUCAAACUUGUGCGACACGUGCUUGUUUUAAACCUUUGCACUACUGUAAUUAUUGUCCUGCUUCAGCAAAAUAAAUCUGACAUUAAAAGACUUGAAAAGCAAACCUGCAGCCAAA